AUGUUUUCCCCUAAUGAUAAGAACAGAGGUAUUCCUAACCUCGGUGACCUUGCUUCGGCGCAAAACUUCCUUAACGAGCUUAAUUUGGUUGACCCCCCACUUCAUGGCCGAAGCUUCACCUGGACUAACGGACAGACUGACCCUAUCUGGACCCGUCUUGAUCGUUUCCUUCUUUCACUUGAUUGGUUUUCUGCUUACCCAAGCUCAAUUCAAUCUGCUUUGCCCAGAUUUGGCUCUGACCAUGCCCCUGUCUAUUUAGAGUUUGGUCCCCACACCCAAAGAUCUCGUAUCUUCCGCUUAGAAAAAUCUUGGUACAAUAACGAUCAAUUAUGCUCUCUUAUUCAUGAUUGGUGGACAGAAACCAAUCAGGAGGGGUGCGGUGCUUUCGUCGUUUCAAAAAAACUUAUUCAUCUUAAACACUAUCUCAAAGUUUGGGCUUCUGAGAAUUUCGGUUUCAUUUAUGUGCAGAAAAAUGACUUACUCUUGGAAAUUAAUUCCUUAGACUCGAUUAGUAAGAGUAGGGAUCUAUCUGAUCUCGAAGUUCUUCGUGUUACCCAGUUGCGCCAGGAUCUCUCCUCUAUCCUUAGAGAAGAAGAAACUUAUUGGAGACAGAGAUCCAGAAUCACUUGGCUCAAAGUAGGCAAUUCAAAUACAAAAUACUUUCACUCUAUCGCCAAUGGUCGGUGCAACAAAAACUUUAUUCCAAGAAUCUCCGUUGACGGCUCUUGGAUCGAGGGUAACCAAAAUUUGGGUAAACUCUUUUCUGAUCAUUUGGGUUUUCUCAUUGGUAUUGCUAGACCAUCUCGCUUCCUUUGGGACUGGCAGCAUUUGUUCAAUUCUAGAGAUGUUGUUGAUCUCUCCAACUUGGACCAGCCAUUUUCCUUGGAUGAACUUAAAUAG